GCCUAUAAAAGUGAUGAGUCGAGGGCAGAACUGAAUCCAUUUCCACCAGCAACCUGUUACCGUCACCAGCCAGGGGGUCCGGCCUUUGUCCUCCACAGGGUCCUGCAGGACAGCAAAAUGAGUGCCAAUCUUCAGGGAGCUAUGGAGGACCUCAUCAAAGUCUUUUACUCUUACUCUGGGAAAGAAGGUGACAAGUACAAACUCAACAAGAAAGAGCUGAAGAAUAUGCUGCAGGAGGAGCUCUCAGAUUUCCUGACGGGCAAAAAUGACUCUGCUGUGGUUGAGAAGAUCUUGUCGGACUUGGAUGAAAACAAGGACGGUGAAGUUGACUUCCAGGAAUUUGUUGUUCUGGUUGCUGCCCUGACGGUUGCCUGCAAUGAAUUCUUUGUGGAGUUUUGUAAAAACAACAAAUGAAAGUUUCCAAGAGAGAAGUGUCUGAAUGGAACAUCUGAUCAUAAUUGUCAGUCUGAAUCAUCAUUUUACUGUUAAACAUAUUGAUGCCGUCUUAAUAAUCCUUCAAUGGUCUUCCAUGUCAAAUAUGCAAUAAAGAAUGGUAUUGCCUUAUA